AUGCCAGACCUCAACAUGAAUCCCAAAGCCAUCGAUACUUUGACUGUCGAUGCAUCACAAGAUAACCAAGAUACCGAGAAACACUCGAAACAACUCGACGGCAACGAUGUUCUCUCGGCCGCCGGUGUCGACAUGAGUGGCGAUGACCCGAAUCUACCUUGUCUCACGUUGAGGAUGUGGUUUAUCGGUAUAGGCUUUUGCAUCAUCGGUAGUGGCGUAAAUACCCUCUACACCUUCCGGUUCCCAUCCGUCUCCUUGUCUCAAUCGGCGAUCCAGUUCUUGGCCUAUCCCGUAGGCAAAGCCUGGGAGCUCGUGGUGCCAGACUGGGGUGUCACAGUAUUUGGCACACGCCACAGUUUGAACCCGUGUCGGUUUAAUCACAAGGAGAAUAUCUUGAUCUAUAUUCUUGCCAACUUGAGCUAUAUGACGCGUCUUAGUGCCGAUGUUUUGACUGAACAACGAGUAUUUUACGGACUCGAGGCAGGUUGGGGCUUUGAGUUGAUGAUCACACUGGCAACCAUUCUGUUUGGCUUUGGCUUUGCUGGUCUCGCCCGUUCACUCGUCGUAGAGCCGCGUGAGUUGGUCUGGCCUGGGGUUUUAGGCAAUACUGCUCUCAACGCCGCCCUUCAUGGAGGGAAUAGCAAACAAAACGUUUCGAGUCACGCCCAUACUUGGAGGUCGACGCGUUACAAAUUCUUUCUGUGGACGUUUGCUGCUGGGUUUAUUUGGUAUUGGUUUCCCGACCUGAUCUUUCCUGCUCUUGGCUAUUUCACUUGGAUCUGCUGGAUUGCGCCAAAGAACGCAGUUGUCAACCAAGUUUUUGGUAUGAAGAGUGGAAUGGGGCUGCUCCCUUUUACCUUUGACUGGAGCCAAAUCUCGUAUAUCGGCUCGCCUCUCAUUGUCCCAACCUGGGUGAUCUUCAAUAUCCUUGCUGCUGUCGUUUUCUGGAUAUGGAUCAUAACCCCGGCCUUAUAUUACUCCAACACGUGGCUAUCAGCUUACCUCCCUUUGCAAAGCAAUUCAAUAUUCGACAACACCGCCAAGGUGUACAAUGUAUCAAGGGUGAUAAAUGCGAAGAAUGGCUUCACCUUUGAUGAGGCCAAAUUUGCUGCCUACUCAGACAUCCGAUUGCCCGUAACAUAUGCGCUGAACAAGUUUGGUCUUGCUUUUGCAACAUUUGCGUCUCUUUUCACAUGGCUAUUUCUUGAAAAGCGACAUGAAAUUGGCAGCCUUGUGCGGCAAGUCCGGGAAGCAAAAUUAUGGCCUAAGCGAGACUCUGAUACACAUGAAAACACUGCCGAGCAAGACUUGUCUUCGCAUUAUUCACAAGCACCUUUGUGGUGGUACGGCGCUGCCACUCUUCUCGGAUUAUUUUUUGCCAUGUUUUCUUGUGAAUACUACGCCGUACAACUCCGUUGGUACGGCGCGAUUCUAGCUUUUGUAAUAUCCGGUGUUUUUUUCAUCCCGCAUUGA